GCUCCCAUAUACCUGCGCAGAGCAUCCACAGCGUCUUUCCCCUGACAGAACAGCAGUCGCACUGCAGCAAGCUGAGAGGAGCUGACGGAAAAUACUUUUUACGAGCAAGAAGUCAGUCCAUCCUGCAUCAGCUGAAAUGCUGCUGAGAAGAAGCCGAUGUGUCCAAAUUCUUCUACUUCUCUGUGCAGUCUGCGGUCUUACUCUGGCCUUCCCCACCCAAACACCAUCUGCAUAUGAUGAUGUCCGGUCCCUCCAGGUGAACAUCCCCCACUCAGAUCUUGUUUUGGCUCCACUGGGCAGCUCCAUCUCCAUCCCCUGUUCGGUGUCUCUGUCCUCCAUCCCCACCACCUCCUCUUCCCCUCUUGUGCCACGGGUCAAGUGGACUGUGGUGUCCGGUGGGGUGGAGACGCAGAUCUUGGUGGCGCGGGGUCAAAGAGUGAAGGUCAACGAGGCGUACAGAGAUCGUGCUACAUUGCUCAACUACACAUCCUCCCCUGAUGACGUGUCACUGUGGCUGGGAGAUUUGCGCUCCAGUGACUCGGGUCACUAUCGCUGCGAGGUGCAGCAGGGCCUGGAAGACGCCAGUGACCUCGUACAACUCAAGGUCAAAGGUGUCGUAUUUCACUACAGAGACGCCUUGGGCCGUUAUGCGUUUUCCUUCAAGCAGGCCCAGAGGGCUUGUGAGGCCAUCGGGGCAGAAAUCGCCACUGCUGACCAGCUGUUGGCAGCUUAUUAUGACGGAUAUGAGCAGUGUGAUGCAGGCUGGCUGGCAGACCAGUCCGUCAGGUACCCAAUCCAAGUGCCCCGUGAAGGUUGCUAUGGAGACAUGGAUGGACAACCAGGAGUGAGAAACUAUGGGACAAUGGAUCCAGAUGAUCUUUUUGAUGUUUACUGUUAUGUGGAAGAUAUAGAUGGAGAAGUGUUCCACGACCCCGUCCCACAGCAAUUGUCAUUUGAUGAAGCACAGUUAUACUGCAGAGCUGCAGGGGCCAAGCUGGCUACAACAGCACAGCUGUACUUGGCAUGGAGUGAAGGUCUGGACCGCUGCAGCCCUGGCUGGCUGUCUGAUGGCAGUGUGCGCUAUCCUAUCGUAACCCCCAGAGAACGCUGUGGAGGGUCUCAGGCAGGUGUCAAAACCCUCUACCGUUUCAGCAACCAAACGGGUUUCCCUGAGCCGUCCAGCCGCCAUGACGUUUAUUGUUUGAAAAAUAACAAAGAUGCUCCUACUAACUCUCCUAUGGACUACAUGGCCACAGAGCCUGAAGACCUUGGACAAGAUAUUGUUAUUCUUACGGAAACAGAUAAAGAGUUGCAACUGAACCAACAUGCAGAGCAAGUGGAACGAGAGGCUCAAAGUGUGCUUGAAUCUUUUCCCUUUGUCACCCGCCCUUCCACUGAGGAAAAUCUGACUGACACACACCCAACAGUUAUAUCAGAUGCAACAGAGUCUCCCCUCAACACUGCAUCUACAUUGGACCUGUUUCAGCCAUUUGAUGAAACUUUAUCUCCGACAGAAAUUAGCUCUCACUCCCAGCAUCGUACAGCAGUGAUGAACAGCACUAUCAGCACCACAGAGACCAACGAUUCCCCACAAAACACAUCAGUACUACCCAGUGUUUACAAUGAGACAGAUUCCCACCAGCACUUGAAUUUCACCUUUCAACAAUUUGAACUUGAAAACACCACAGGGUUUCCUGAGCCAUCAUAUGAACCUCAUACACAUAACUCGACAGAGCCAGACAUAAACCCUGAAGAACAAACUCAGCCAUCUGAGAGGCAGAAGGAUUCUGAAGAAAUUCAAGAGACCAGCUUGGGUUUAAACAGGUCACAAGCCAAUUUCAGUGAGACAGACAGCAACCAUACUCAAGAGGAGAAUAUCCUGGAGGCAACCCCAAUGACCACUGACGUUAUACUCCAGGUGGAGCUGGAGGAAGCAGCAGUUGCGGGGCCUAGGCAGAUGUCUUUCUCGACUGAGUCGCCAAGAGAGGAAGGAGAGCUUCUAAUACAAACUACCCAAGCUCCCAUCAAAAAACCAACUUCAUUGUGGCGCCCUCUUGAAGGGUCUGGAGAUGUUUCCCAAGAGAGCGACCUUGACAUUGAAGGAGUCAGUUUCAUCUCGACAUCAGACUCUUCCAGUCUUGGCUUCACUACUCACCCGCCACCUUCUGCUUCAGCUAGCAGCGCUCCUGCUGAGCCUCGGACUGCACUCCCAGAUCCAACGUCUUCAUCUGGGUCACAAAAUAUUAACAAGAUGGGCUUUGUCAUCCUCUCCACCGCAGCACAAUUAUGGGAGUCCUCCAUUUCUAAACAGGAGGGAAGUACAAGCUUAGAAACUGAAGACACGAUCACCAUGGAAAGUGAGGAAAAACAGCUGCAGCCGACAAAGGCUGAGGACAGCCUGGUUUUGGGAGUAAGUUUAUCUACAACUGAGUCUCCAGAUGGGUCAAACACCUCUUAUUGGCCUACUGAUUCCACCACAGCACAGUAUCAGACAUCAGAGUACAGAGUGUAUUUGGAUACUGUGACCACUGCUUAUGAAGAGGCAAGUGGACAGGAACCUGGUACAAUUAUUGCAAUCCUUGGAGAAGACGAUAAAGUUGCUCCAACCCUCGAAGAGGAUGUUACAGUUAUCCAAAUCCUUGAAAAAGAAAUUAAGGUUCCCCCAUCCGUUGAAAAGGAGGCUAAAGUAUUAUUUUCACUGGAACAGGCCAUUAAAGUUUCCCCAACCCCUGAUGAGGAUAUUACAGUUACCCCACCUCUUGUAGAGGAAACUAACAUUGCCCAAACCAUUGGAGAAGAAGGUGAAGUUUCUUCUUCACUGGAAGAGAAAGUUACCGUUGCCCCUACCCAUGAAGAAGAAACUAAUGUGUCCCCAGUGCUUGAAGAAGAAACAAGUAUUGUCACAACUCUUGAAGAAGCCAGUGUCACCUCAACCUUUGAUGAAGCUAAAAUUGUCCCAAUCCUUGAAGAAGCUAACAUUUCCCCAACCUUAGAAGGAAAAGUUAAUGUUGUCUCAACCCUUGAAGAACAAGCUAAUGUCACCACAACCCUUGAAGAAGAAGCUAAAGUUGCUCCAGCCCUUGAAGAAGAAGCUAGCAUCCCCCCAACUCUUGCAGAAGCCAGUGUCACCCCAACCCUUGAAGAAGAAGCUAAAGUUGCUCCAGCCCUUGAAGAAGAAGCUAGCAUUCCCCCAACUCUUGCAGAAGCCAGUGUCACCCCAACCCUUGAAGAAGAAGCUAAAGUUGCUCCAGCCCUUGAAGAAGAAGCUAGCAUUCCCCCAACUCUUGCAGAAGCCAGUGUCACCGCAACCCUUGAAGAAGCCAGUGUUGCUUCAAUACUUGAAGAAGAAGCUAAUACUGCCUCAGCCUUAGAAGAAGACUCUAGCGUUGCCUCAACCUUAGAUGAAGGAGCUAAUUUUGCCCCAAGUGUUGGGAGCAGAAAAACCUCCUCCAUCACCUCCACAGCUGCUCCACAUUCCUCAAGUACAAAGCCCAUCACUACUACCACAUCAACAACCACCGCCACCAUCACGACCACCACAUACUGGGCCAGACGCACUUGGAGCCCGACCACCUCAGCACAGAGAGUUUUCCAGAAAACAACAGAGCCCCAGAAGGUGACGCACCUCAUACCACCAGUGGAUCAGGAUCUGGUGGAUGUUGAGUUUAGUCUCACCCAGCCUCCCACCCUGCUUAUCUUGCCCAAUGAGAGGGCAGCUAUAGGCGGUACAGGGAAAGCUUCAGAUGCUUGCACGGACAGCCCCUGUCUCAAUGGAGGGACCUGUACAGACCGAGAUGGGCAGAUUAAAUGUCUCUGUUUGCCCUCGUAUGGAGGAGACCUCUGUCAGUCCGACCUGGAGCAAUGUGAACCAGGCUGGGAUAAAUUUCAUGGUUUCUGUUACCGACACUUCAGCCAGCGUCUGAGCUGGGAGGUCGCAGAGCAGCACUGUCGCAUGCUGGGAGCUCACCUGGUGUCCAUCAUGACCCCUGAGGAACAGAGUUACAUCAACAGCAACUACAAAGAGUACCAGUGGACCGGUCUGAAUGACAAGACCAUCGAGGAUGAUUUUCGCUGGUCUGAUGGCAACCCACUGCUCUAUGAGAACUGGUACAGAGGACAGCCAGACAGCUACUUUCUCUCUGGAGAAGACUGUGUGGUGAUGGUAUGGCACGAUGGUGGACGCUGGAGUGACGUGCCCUGCAACUAUCACCUGGCCUACACCUGCAAGAAAGGCACCUCCUCAUGUGGUCCACCACCAAAGGUCCGAAAUGCCUCCAUAUUUGGAAAAGCUCGGCAGAGAUAUGAAACCAGUGCAGUUGUACGUUAUCACUGUGCCGAGGGUUUCCAGCAGAGAUUAAAUCCUCUGAUCAGGUGUCUGCCCGGAGGAAUGUGGGAGAGGCCUCAGAUCCUGUGCAUACCUGGGGUUGGGGGUCCAACUCAGCAUCCUGAAGUGACAUCUCCGACCAACAACAACUUUGCAGCGCUGGAAGAUGACCUUGAAGCCACUAAGGAGGCACCACAGUACUGGGACAUCAAGUUUUAAAAGUCAGCCAUGCUUUCCUUGUCUUGUGCUCUUAAACUUUGCUGUUGUAACAUGACAAGGUGUAAAGAACCGAGUGCUUUUACCAAUGAAUGCUCAGACUCAAACAGGACAAAAUGAACCACAAAAACACAGAAACACAGGACAAACUCAAGUGAACUUCCUCUUUGCCAAGGAGCCCAAGUGCACAGAAAGGCUCUAAUUUCUUUUGAGGGAGACACUGUUUACUUAAAAAACGUUUCUAAUUUUUGAUGUUUUUUAAAAAGACUUAAUAAUGUAUUUGGUUAAGCAGAUUUUAAAGGGUGGAUGCAGCUACUGGCAGAGGUAAAAAGAGGUGGUAGUGAUUACCUGAUAAGCCCUUUUCACUAGAAAGAAAUACAGUCUAAAUUACUAUAACAGCGCCAAAUCUACAUUAAUAACUGUUGUCUUUAUGGUUUUUUGUUAUGUCGAGAACCUUUUCACAAAAUGGUGCUAAUGUCUUCAAGACCUUUGUAUCCAACAGAGAUUUUUGUUUUCAGUGUGAUGUAGGUGUAGGGACAUGUUCCUGCUUUUUCAAAGAAUCGAACAACUCCAAAGCACAAAGUCAACCUUCACAAAUAGUCAACAAAUACUGUACAUAUAUUAGUUUUCACGCCUGUGAUUGCUGUCCGCAUUUUCUGAGAGAGAUCUUUGAUUUCCAGCAGACACAGUUUUGUUCGUCAGCUUUAUGUUGUAAUAAAGUUUUGUAGAACAGAACAAAGAAUAAAUU